GGAUUCGUUUUGCUAUGUGCGUGUUCUAAGGCAUCAAGCACGAUAUAAUGAGUCAAAAGUUCUUACGACUCUCAUGUAUAUAUAUAUUGGUAUCUGGCAGCUCUCAAUGCUUCAUCAACAUGCCGGCAGCAGAGAUUGUCAAAACAAUUACACAAUCAUAUAUCAGUUAUGUUCAGACCAAAUUAAAUAAUUACAAUUCUUUCUACUCUACAUACGCUCCACGGUCCAGUGCACUAUGAAUACACUUGUAACUUCUGAAAACCUCCAAGUCUCAAGGCCACCCACCGGAGCGCAGCAUUCACCUAUCUGCCGAUCCGGGAUCAGACCAGAAACUACCCUACAGCGGCGCAUUGACCUACCAUAUGAGAACCACGUUGGUUCCUUCAUCCAUGGGAGCAAAUGCGAAUACCAGAUCAUGUCCCGGUGCUGGGAGGAAGCUGAUGACCUGUUCAUCUUCUCCGUGACGUGUCUUCAUGACAAACAGUUCGAGGUACAGGCCUUUCGCACUUGCGACCUUCCGCAUAAGCUAUAUCUUGCCCGGAAAAGGAGACUCAAACGAUUGCAAAGGUCGAGGUCCAUAUACGACGAGUGUGAGCAGAGCGAAAUGAGGGUCGUGGUUUGUCAUUUAUUUGAGAGAGGUGGGAUUGAUAGACAUCGUAUCUCGCACGAGAGAAGUAAGCCAGCGCUCUCGCUUGGCUUUCCGGGAUCUGAGUUCCCGCAAUUCGGCGUCACCACAACUGGAGCAGGGCUGGCAUCUAAUAUCCCCAGGGGCAACAUGACUUACUCAGAGGCUGUUUCACCAAGAAAGAAGACGCACCCGAGCUGUCCUCUAGAAUAUCUCUCCAAGAACCCGAAAGGGGUCAAGCAAAGACAGAGACGCAGGGAUGUCAGGGAACACAAUCGAGAACAACAUGUCUUGAAUUCUCCUGACACUCCCAUCACAUUCAGUGCAACCAUAGCCUACCACACCAUCAAGCCAUCGCAUGAACGACAUUUGGCGGUAUUGUCAUGAGCUACAAAAGCACACCAUUUACGUUGUACAGCUGUAUAUCAAACACCCACCAGGACAUGGAUGUUUUAACGUUAGCCUACUGCCAUUAAUAUAUGUUGGCAUAAAGUUGAG